GUGGGAUGCAGAAGGUGGGAGGUCUGGCUUCUGUAAUUGCCUCCCCGCUGAACAUGGGCGUUGACUGGUCGGUCCAUACUCCCAGUCUGCCUCUCUCUUUCCCUAGUAGGGUGGGUCUCUGGGGAAGCGGAGCUCCAGGACACAUUGGUGGGGUCUUCAGUCCAGGGAAGCCUGGCCGGCAUCCUGAUGGCAUCUGGAACCUGGUGACUGAAAAGGUUUUUUUUCCCCUUUUUUUUUUAAAAAAUUUCUUUAUUGGGGUAUUAAAUGUUUUACAUUCGACAGUAAAUACAACAGUUCGCACAUGCACAACAUGCCCCAGUUUUCCACAUGGCAAUACAACCCCCACUAGGUCCUCUGCCAUCCUUUUUGACACACGUCCUGUUCUGAUCAUCUCUUGUUUCUCGGAAGAUGGGACAAAUCUGCUUCCUCCAGCGCCCACCACCGGAGCUCUUCCGAGCGCAGGUAUUUACCAGAUCCUCCCAUCACUCUCCGAAAGGGCAGCGGGGCUGCGGACACGCUGUCAGCCCCCGCCCCGCCUUGCCCGCCCGCACGGCCGCGGGGUCCCCGGCCCCAAACUCGCCGCAGCGACUCGCACAGCGCGCGUGGCCCCGCCCCCUGCCCCCCCCCCCCCGCGGAGGGGACUGCGCGUGCGCGGCGGCGCUUCCGGUCUCCCCGGGCACCAUGAAGAGCGACGAGGACGGCGGCGAGGCGCGCGGCGCGGGGGCGCGGGGUCUCUGCGUCCUCUGCGGCCUGCCCGCCGCGGGCAAGUCCACCCUGGCGCGGGCCCUGGGCCAGCGGUUGCGGCGGGAGCGCGGCUGGGCCGUCGGCGUCGUCGCGUACGAUGACGUCUUGCCAGACGCCUUCCCGGGGGACGCGGACGGCCGCCCAUUGCCAUCUCCAUGGAAACUGCUUCGACAGGAGCUGUUGAGCUAUGUAGAACUCUUCCUGCAAGCAGCUGUUAGUGGCUGUCAGAUGUCUGUCCCACCUGAGAGGACUGAAGCUAUGUGGGGAGAUUUUAUAACCUGCUUACGGGAUCAAGAUCUGAUAUCUUCUGCAGAGCUGGAGACCCAGACUGGCUACCUCUUAACAAAGGCUGCUGCUUCUCGACCUUUGUUUUUGCUUUUAGAUGACAACUUUUAUUACCAAAGCAUGCGAUAUGAAGUCUACCAACUCGCUCGGAAAUAUUCAUUAGGCUUUUGCCAGCUCUUUUUAGAUUGUCCUCUGGAGACCUGCUUAGAGAGGAAUGAGCAGAGAGCCCAGACACUGCCUCCAGAAACCAUCCAGCUGAUGGGCAGAAAGAUAGAAAGACCCAAUCCUGAGAGGAAUGCUUGGGAACGCAACAGCCUCGCCGUGAUGAGUACUGCACCUUCUGCGGCCAGCCAGCAGCUGAUUGAUUUAUUCCUAACGGCUUUGGAAAAUCCUGUCAAAUGUGUUGAGGACGAUGUGGAACAAAAGGAAAUGGACAGAAUUAUUUGUUCAACUAACAUUCUGCAUCAGGCUGAUCAAACACUCCGGAGAAUCGUCUCUGCAACAAUGAAGGAAGCAAAAGAUAAACAGCUGCUUCCUUACAACUUGAAGCUUCUGGCAGAAGAACUUAACAAGCUCAAAACAGAGUUUUUGGAAGACUUAAGACAAGGAAACCAAAAAUACCUGUCCUUUCAACGGACCAUUCACAUGUCAGAUAUUAUUUCUGUUUUUCAGUUUGAGAAAAGUAACGUUGCCCAGAGGUAUUUUUCAAAGAAGCAUUCAAUUUAAUUUAUAGUCACAUGUCUUGAAUAUGUAGAAAAUUUUACAAACCCGGGGCCAGGAAGGAGGUGGGGCACUUGGUGAAGUGCAUGGCACCAAGUGUGAGGACCUGCAGAAGGGUGAUUUCAUGAUCAGUGAAGCAGUGCUGCAUGCGGGCAUCUCCUUUCCUAAUUCUGUCUCUACCAAAAAAAAAAAAUUGUUUUGCAACCUCAUUAAAGCUCGCUUUCAAGAAUGACAGUAGAAAUAAAUCAUCUAGGACUGUGGGUCUAAUGUGUGUUUGAGCAUGAAUGGUUGACCCCCCCAGAAGCUUGUCUAUCAGACUCUGCUUGGCACACCAGCCUUGUGGUCGAGCAAGAUGUGGCCAGAGUACACGGCCACAUCCUGUCAGCCUCUCCUCCUCAUCCCACGCCUCCUCCCUCUGGUGGGCUUCGCCUUCCUUAAAUUUCUAUUUCCCCGUUCCUGCAUCACCAUCCACACCUUCUCAUUGCCUUGCUCUCUUUUCCCUUAUAAAGAGACGUUGGUCUCACUGGCCAGCGUGGCUACUUCCCCUGCACAGCUACCCCUUUCUAAACUAGUAACUGCGACAAUAAAAGGUCCCGUCCUCUGCCA